AUGGCCACCGCGCCCCCAAGACCUUCAACGAGCCCCCGAUGGGACGACCUCAACAGCGGCUUCGUGUCACCCGCCCGUCUCCAGCAGUGGCGUCAAGAGAAUGAGCGCAUGCAUUCCUUUGGCAGUUCUCCCCCAUCCCACGCGCCGCAGGCCUCUCCGCCUCCUCCUGAUUCUUUCGCCAACCGUCCGGCACCGUCCCGGCAGUCUCUCAGCAAUGAUCACCACCCUUCCCCAAAUGAGUCUUCGAGCAGACCCCAGCAUCGCUCCAAACCCUCCUUCACUUCCUUCUUCUCCCGCAAGUCCUCUACGCCCGACGAGAUGCUACAGACCGCCCAUCCCCAGCGGCCAGGGCCCACAUCCUUGCAUCAACAACAACCUUCCCAGCAGCGCAUGUCUAUGGUCGGCUCGGACAUGCAGCACAAUGCUCCUAGGCUCGUCAAGCCGCGCCCCUCCAUCCACCAAUCUCCUCCACCGCCUCUGCAGCCCAUGGCUCAGCAAGGACAGCCUUCCCAGUCACUGAUGCAGCGACAGCAGCCUCCACCCCCGCAGCAGCAACAGCAGAUUAUCCCUCCCCACCCACCUCCUCAGCAGGCGCAGAUGUCCGGGCAAACACCCCAACAACAGCCCCCUCCUCCGCACCCCCAGCAGCAACCACCCAUGGUCAAGCCCGGUGCAGAACCUCAACCGCCCGCGGCCCCCGCGCAAGUGUUGCACCCCGAGAUCCGGUCGGUCGUGCAGCUCACCCUUGCGCACUCACACAAGAUCUAUUUCUCGGGCCCUCUCACGCGACGUUUCGAGCGGCAGCCCGACAGCCAGAAACCGGCGAAGGACGACGGUUGGACGGAGGUUUGGGCACAGCUUAACGGCACCACGUUGAGCGUGUGGGACAUGACGGAGGUGCAGGCGGCCGAGAAGGAAGGAAGGCAGGCUCCGCCGUCGUACAUCAAUGUCACGGAUGCGUUCGUUCGCGUCUUAGGAUCCGUUCAAGCGCCAUCCAACGUCCCCGGACAGCCCCCAAAACGGUGGACUAACGUCCUGACACUUAACACGGCGGGAUCGAACAUGUAUCUGUUCGCGUGCCCAUCAGCGGAAGCCUUGAUACAGUGGACCGCCGCUAUACGUCUCGCCGCCUGGGAGAAGUCGCGCCUGGAGGAGAUUUACACCGCACACUUGAUCCGCAUCACACUCAACGACGGCCGCAGUGCACCCAGUCCGCUCACGAAUGGUCACUUGGAAGGUUGGGUACGGAUCCGGAUCGCCGGUCAGACGGAUUGGAAGCAACUCUGGAUGGUCAUCUCCACGGGGACGCACAUGGGACACUCCGAGCACAACUCAAUAUCCUCUUCAACAAAUGGACGCGCCGAGUCGCCCAACGAGCCUCGCAAACGCCGCAUGUCCGCACUGUUCUCGCGGGAGAAGGCGGUACCUCCGCCUAGCACGCCCUCUCGGCCGUUGAUUCGCCUUUUCGCUGGGCCAAAACCCAAGGACAAGAAGAAGGCGUUGUUGACAAUGCGCUCUGUGACUCAGGCCUUCGCGGUGUAUCCAGAACGCCCCGAGCUCAUUAGCCGAAGCACGCUGAUAAAGUUGGAAGGCCAGUUUGGCGAUGAGGAAAUGGCUGGAGUCCACAAGAUGCACGAAGCGUGGCUCUUGAUCAUGCCGGAAUUGGAAGGAGCAGGAAUGCGUGCUUCAGAGAUGCUCAGGUGGAUCAUUGCACUCCAUGACGCGUUUGGUCUAUAUGGCCGACCGAGGAUGUACUCCUGGGACCCUCGCGAUGCUCAGUCGAUGAUGUUCGCUUACCCUAUUGGUCCCAACCGGGAUCUACUGUUCUUGGAUCGUGAAUUUGCGGAGACAUUGGAUCCUCGGAACGAUAGUACUUCGGCGGCCCACCGCAUGAACGGAAAUGGGUCUGUCAUCGCUCAAGGUCCUCCGACUUUGCCGCCCCUUCCAGAUAUCGAAGAGACUCCUUCCCACCAACCUGCGACGAGCGGUAGCGGCUUCGAUUCCAGCCCUAUCGCUACCAGCUCUCCCUCCAAUGCCGACCCCCGUUCCCUGUCACCAAUCACCGAGCGAAGCACGCCCAUGGAAGGACGGUCAUCGUCAUCCGAAAGAGGUAUUUUCAACAAGCCACAAUCCGGUUCGGCCAGUUUCCCGCCGCACACAUCGAUGAUUCCAGAGGAGUCGAGUGUGUCCAUUCUACCUCAGCCUCUCGUCUCCAGUCCCGUCAAUACCAGUCCUUCACCCGACCAGAACAUGCAGUCCGGUAGAGCGAGUUUCGACUCAUACGGCCAAGCUUUCAGUUCGAGGCCCGGCUCGAGACCUGACUCCAAGCUUGGUCAUUCAGGACCCAUUCAAGCCACUUCACCUUCGCGAUCUCCCAGCCAGCCCGGGUCUCCCCAUCUACCAUCCCCGUAUGACAAACGCCAGAUGUCCUCGGAGCCUCGCACCACGACCCCGUCGACUUCGCCACGCUUCGCAGCAGCAGCUGCUGCUGAUGCCGCCGCCGCGGUCGCUUUAUCUAGUGGUACGACUUCACCAUCCCCAACAACAUCCUCAUUCCGCGCGACAUCUCCUUCCACGACCUCCCCGGCUCUACCCUCUCCGCCGAUCGUCCCUUCUCAGUCGUUUGCUCGAAUGGUCCCCGAUCGCUCUAUCUCUCAAGCCUCGAUAUCCAGCCCCAUGAACACCAUCCCUACUCCCAUGUCUCACCCAUCUUAUACGUCCGAAUCUUCUCCACCCCCAGCGCCGUUGUAUUCUCCGACCACUCCCACGCUUUCGCAGACUCAACCGCCCGCACCCGGACAUCAGAAGAAGAUCAGUCUAACCGACGAAAUCCUGGGCGAUGCCGGCGCGGCGCUUUUCUACAUGCAGCAUAUGCAGCCAGAAGGCGUUCCGUCGCGCCGCCAGGAGUCCGAGCCGCCUUACACGCCAUCGCCUCCGGCGAUGACGAGCCCGCUGUCGUCCGCAACUUCGAGCACGCACCCCCACCCGCAGCCUCAGCUGCCCGGCAGUCUAUUACCGCCCGCGACGCGGCUGUCAGCCUUCAUCCAGACCCCCUCCGUCGACUCGACUCCCACCGACUCUGUAGCCACGACCAGGACCGACGACGAAGACGACGACGCGGACGAUCGCCCCCUAUCGCCCAAGACCUCCCCAAUGGCUGCCGCCCCCGAGCACGCUGGCUUCGACGACCCCAACGCCGAUGCGCUUGCUGCCCUUUCCUUCCUCGAGCAGGACGAUCGUCCUGCGCCCCCGCCCGCCCCACAGUCUCCUUCGAUGAUGGCCAAUUCGCCACCGCCGUCGGCCUCGUCGCCGCCCCUGCCCGAGGUCGUGAAGACGCCAGCAAGCCCCUCGGGCACACGUGCGUCUGAGCAGCCUAGAUCUUCCUUCGCGCCCACGCGGCUCGCAGCCGAGCGCAAGGCCAAGUCGCAAGCCCAGCAGGCCGCGACCCAGGCAGCGGCGCACCGCCCAGGCAAGGCGAACGGGAAGGGCCGGGCACGGGCGAAGGACGCGCGCGCAUGGGGCGAGAGCAGCGAGGAGGAGGACGAGGAGGAGGACGAAGAGGAGGAUGACGAGGAGGUAGACUCGGACGCCGAGCCCCCGCUGCGGAUGUCUGCCAGUCGAUCCCCCUACGGCCAAAUCUCCCCCGCACCCUACGGUCAAGUCUCCCCCACACCCUAUGGCCAAGUCUCACCCGCACGUUCCGCGACGGACGUCAACGCCCCCAUGCCCUCGGGCUACCCCCCACCCCGUCGUCCCCGCGACCUGCCCCAGCUCCCCGCGGGCCAGCAGCCCCCGGAGGACUACCUGGGCGCACAACCCCAGCCCCGUCGGUUCGUGUCAGACAGCUACGCGGAGAGCGGUCGGAGGACGAUGUACCCUGGAGAAGCUGGCAGCCGCGGCCCGUCACCUCAGUUCGGCCAGGGUAUGCGCCCACAGUCGCAAUUCCCCUCGCAAGCGCCGCAACAACAACAAAUGCAACAGGCAGGCGCGCGUCCGAUCUGGAGCCAAGUGCUCGACGCCAACCGUGGAGAGCAACCGAUGAACACGCGCGACACGUUCAUCCAGAUGGAGGCCCCCGCGGCGACGAUGACGAAGGCGUUCACCCCGCACGGCCUGCUCUCGGCGGGGAUGCAAGACAGGGAGGACCGGUCGGCGAAGAAGCAGGAGGAGGUCGCGCGCGAAUCCGGAGCGUCGCUCAUCAACGUGCCCACGAAGCCUCCACCGCCUCAGACGGGCCUGCUCGGGGCCGUCACUGCACACGAGCGCGAGCGGAAGCGGGACGGCGGGCUCGGGGCGGCGCUGACCGAGCGCGAGCGCGAGAAGCGGUCCGCGGAGGAGCGACAGCGCAAGCUCGACGACCUCCAGCGGCAGCAGCUCGAGCAGAUGCAGCAGGGCGGCUCGAUGUACGGCGGCGGGGGCAUGAUGGGCUUCAACCCGAUGAUGGGCAACCCGAUGAUGAUGGGCAUGAACCCGAUGAUGACGGGCGGCUGGGGCUACCCCGGGAUGAUGCCUGGAUUCGCGAGCCCACAGCAGAUGUUCGCCGCCCAGCAAGCCGCCGCGCAGGCAUACCAGCAGGCAAUGGUCGCCUUCUCCACCGCGGGCUCCCAGGUCGGCGACAACCCGAACGCGCCUCCGGUGGGCCAGAUGAACCCGAUGAUGACCGGGGGCUCGAUGGGCAUGGGCUUCGACCCGCGGAUGUCGAUGAUGGGCAUGCCCAUGAUGAACCAGAUGGGCGGCAUGAGCCCCAUGGGCACUGGUAUGGGCAGCAUGGGAGGCAUGGGAGGCCAGAUGGGUGGCAUGGGCGGCAUGGGUAUGGGCGGCAUGGGCAUGAACCCGAUGAUGGGUGGCCAGAUGGGCAUGCAGCCCACCGGGGUCUCCCAGUUCGACCCGCGUUUCUCCCCCGGCGUCGAGGGCGUGAAGCCCCAGAUGGACGCCGCCCGCCCAAUUGCUUUCCCAUACUCUUCGUGCUCCUCGUUCUCGGUCCCCGAAACAUAG